AUGUCGACGGCACCCGGACAACCUGGUCCAAACCAGCAGUUUCAUGUGCAGACCACAGGUCAGAGGUCUCCCAUAGCGACUAGCAUUGUCAAUUUUCUAUACCAAAAUCCAAUCUUGAAGCAACGCACGGGGUUGUUGGACAACACUAGUGAUCUUGAAUUCUUCAGGUACAAGAGAUUCGAAAGGGCCUUGCUAAGCGACGAAUACAAGCUGAAGCAAGCAAACCCCAAGAACGGCUUGCCGCCAAUCCCCAAUGCUCAAGAAGUGCAGAAAAUCUUUGUCUUGUUGAUUCAAAAUCAAUUGGUUUUACCCGUCACGAAAUUGCAUUAUGCUGAAGUCAAAGCCGUCAAAGGAUGGAAGCCAAACAAGGAUAAGCCUACGUUGAAAAGAGCAGAUAAAGCCGUUAUUGACCCAAACACAUAUUUCGGCUGGUUGUAUUCGAAACCCAACCCAUACAUUUUCAUCUACAGUAUAUUGGCCAUUGCCGCGGUGUUUGCAGUGAUAUUGUUCCCGCUCUGGCCCUCGUUCAUGAGACGCGGUGUUUGGUAUCUUUCAAUGGGCGCGUUGGGAUUAAUUGGGUUAUUGUUUGCCACGGCCAUUGUUAGAUUGAUCAUAUAUGUCAUUUCACUUGUCGCUUUCCCCACGCCCUUUUGGUUGUUUCCUAACUUGUUUGAAGACUGCGGCGUUCUUGAAAGUUUCCAGCCUUUGUACGGAUGGGAGGAGCCAAAGAAGAAGAAGAAGAGCAAGAAGGGUAAAAAGAGUGGUGCCAGUGGUGCCGCUGCCGCUGCCGCUGCUGGCGCCGGUGGCAAUAAUGAAGACAAGAUUGAGCCUAUUCUCACGCAAAGGGAAAAGGAAGCUGCAACUGGCGCUGAGCCUUCUUCGAACGGAUCUGCUAGUGCCGUUAAGCGGAAGGUUACUAUGGAAGAAGUUGCUGAUGGGAAAUAG